AUGCGCCUCUCUGGACCAGUGAUUUCCUCGGCGGCGAUUGCCUGGGCUUAUCCUGUCACGGCUGAGCCAAUCAACCGGCGCGAUGUGGUUCGAAAUUUCAACCCAACUCGCAAUGGAUCUGCCUCCUCCUACGACACUCCAAUGCAAGUAGGCAACGGGGACUUUGCCUUCGGGGCUGAUGUUACUGGACUCCAAACCGUGGUGCCGUGGAACAUUCUUUCCUCUUGGUGUUGGCACAAUUCCUCGCUGCCCACCACGCCCGGCCAGACCUCUCCAGAAGACUUCACUGGUCUUGACUGGUGGACCCAUGGCCGCCCCAUCAACUACGCACAGCCGAAUCCCGCAGAAGCGGAAAUUUCCCAAUGGAUGAUCGCCAAUCCUCACCGUGUGAACCUGGCGAGGAUAGGCCUCGCACUAAACAGCAAGUCCAUCGAGGAUGUCGACAUUGGGGGCCCGCUUCAAAGGCUAGAUUUAUUUAACGGUACACUGCACUCAACCUUCUCUAUCCGCGGAAGCACUGUCUCCGUUGAGACCCUUGCGGAUCCAGCCUCGGAUACGCUAGGCGUAAAGGUGCAAUCUAAACUGUUGAGGAAUGAGUCCUUGUCUGUCUUUUUCGACUAUCCCUAUCCAGUCGACAAGAACAAAUUCGAGAAGUUUGUCGGAGUUUUUAAUUCUACUUCAAACCACACCACUUCCCUUCGGAACGGACGAAAUUCUGCUGAGAUUGAACACAAUAUCGAUGCCACUACUUAUUUCACCCAUAUCAGGUGGGAUGGAGGAGCUUCUGUGCGUCGCCUCAAUGCAAGCGCUCAUCGGUACUUUUUGACAACUCAAGGUGACUCUCUCACUUUCACUGCAACCUUUGCGCCCCGACGGUCGCAUUCCAAUAGCACCUAUGCAGCUAUAUCAGCUUCAUCUUCUGAUUGGUGGAGCAACUACUGGGAGACGGGUGCCUUUCUGGACUUGACCACCAUCCCUGAUCCCAACGCAACUGAGAUUCAGCGUCGGACUAUUCUAUCUCAAUACUUACUUGCCGUGAACGAAGCUGGAAGGGAUCCACCGCAAGAGUCCGGCCUUGCCAACAACGGUUGGUACGGGAAGUUCCAUAUGGAGAUGGUGUACUGGCAUCUUGUCCACUGGAAUCUUUGGGGGAAGCAAGACCUACUUGACCGAAGCAUUGGAGUGUACGAGCGAUUCCUUCCGACCUCUUUGGAGCGCGCUGCGUAUCAAGGGUACACGGGCGCUCGCUGGGGUAAAAUGAGUGAUCCCACAGGACGCUCGGCGCCCGGAGAGAUCAACUCACUUCUCAUCUGGCAGCAAGUCCACCCUUUCUACUUUGCCGAACUCGAGUACCGACAGAACCCAGGUAAUGGCACACUGGCCAAAUGGGACCCCAUCCUUACUGCAUCGGCUGAGUGGAUGAGCUCGUAUGCAUUUUACAACAAGACUACUGGAGUCUACGACCUGGGACCGCCGAUGUACCCCGUCUCCGAGAACACCAACCCAAAUGCCACCAUCAAUUCGAUCUUUGAGCUAUCAUACUGGGAAUUUGGCCUUUCAAUCGCUGCCAAAUGGCAACAGCGGCAAGGGAAAUCUGUGCCUUUGCAUUGGACUGAGGUUGCGGACAAUCUCGCACCUCUGCCGACAGCCAACGGCAGCUACGUGACUUAUGAAGGAGCGCCCAACAUGUGGACAGAUCCGGACUUGACAUCGGACCAUCAGGGAUUGCUCGCCAUCAACGGAGUCCUUCCCCCGCCACCCAACAUUGACCUUGCUGUCUUCAAGGCAACUGUCGAGCGUGUCUACCAAACAUGGAAUUUCUCACUCAGCUACGGUUGGGACUUCCCUCUGCUAGCCAUGACUGCAUUGCGCGGCGGAGAUGCGGAGACGGCUAUCCGGUGGUUGCUCGACGAAAACUUCGCAUUUGACGACGUGGGCAUGCCUCUUGGCGGGAGCCGGGUGCCCACUCCGUACUUCCCCGCAAGUGGCGGGCUGAUGAUCGUCGUAGCCAUGCUGGCGGCGGGCUGGGAAGGCGACGAGGGAUCGAAGUGGCCGAAUUCUUGGGGCGAUGCAAGGUCGGAGGCAUUUGAAUCAUUGUUGUAA